AUGUUGUCAAUCCGACAGCACGAUGAAGACCCUGCAUUUGAUUCGAGAUGCGUCGCCUUAAGGGUUGUUCAGGGCGUUGGACCACCCCAAUUAGUUGAGGCCGACCACCUAUUCGAUUGUUUGGAAGAUUUGAAGGAAGAGGUACGUUCCCCUCUUUAUCUGCCGUUCGCUCUAUCGGUAUACGCAGUUCAUGCUUGCCGCGACUCCCUUACCGCCAUUCACUGGUGUGUGAGUUCAGCGUCAACGACAACCUCCGAUGGCCUCUUCGGGAAAACAUACGGCCUGGGAAAUGGUACGCCAAUCGAUCGAAACAGAGUCGUCAAGGAAAGUCGCUCAAUAGGGAUUGCUCUGAGUAACGCGGCUUUUGUCACAUCCACAUUGAACGGCGUGGAAUCUUUGUGGCAGUACCUAGAGGCCAUGGCAGAAGAAAUCUCACCAUCGGCCAAGACCGAGCAGGUAGUACAAAGCACCAAUAACCUUUUGGAAGCCAUCCGGUUCCUACGGCAGGAGGUCAAAUGUAUGAGAGAGACCGUACGCUACGGCGAGGUUAGCAUCCGGAAUCAUGCGUCACUGAUCUCAGCCCACCUCUCCCACCGAGACUCAGAAACCAACAUCGAAACCGCCGUUGCAAGCCGUGACCUCGCGGCAGCCGCGACCGAAGACAGCUCAGCCAUGAAGAGUAUCGCCAUCCUAACCAUGUUUUUCCUACCAGGCACAUUCUUCGCCGCGCUCUUCUCAAUGCCCGCCCUUGGGUGGGAUCAGCCCAGGCACUUCGUGCUAUACUGGGCUUUCACCAUCCCGGCUACCAUACUCACCUUUGCUAUUUGGGCUGCUCUAACGCAGCGAUCGGUCGUGCUGGGGUGGGUCAAGAUGGUUUGGUUGAACUGGCCUUGGGGGUUUUGGCGAGGAAAACGAGGGGAAGAGGAGGACGAGGAGAAGGGGAAGAAGGCGGUUUGA